AUGUCCAGCUUUGCCCGUUGCAACGAAUCAAAAUAUUAUUUGGCUGCUGUCCGGGUAAACUUUAUGUAGAACAGUGGCUGUUAUUCUCUUUAUUUUUAAAACAGAUAAUUUUCAAUGUCUGCAUGUUAAUAGAUGUUCUUACAUUCAGAUGAGUGACUGUGAUUGCUAAAUAUUUAAAAAAAGCGAGACUGUUUCAGAUUUGUUAUAUCUCACGUGCUUUUGUAACGUGUACGCGUAGAUAAUAAAUUAUCAGUUGCAUUUUGACUUUCUAGUGGUUUUUACUCCGCUACUAAGGCCUUGUCAACUCCUCUACCAUGUAUCAUGAUUAUUGUAUUACUGGAGCCUGCAUUUCUUUUUUUUGUUCUAACGAGUGAUAGGCCAUUACCGGUAACAACAUUCUUUGUCUUUUCGAAGCCACUUUGCAGCGCAGAUCAUGAUUCGGGAUUUUUCUGCACCGCUGCAAAAGCGCUGUUUAUCACUGUCAAAGGGCUUUCUGCUGCAGCCAAAAUUUGCGACUGCUGCAGCCCAGCACUUUUACAGCUCUUUUGUAGCGCUUCUUGAAGCCAUUCUGCAGCCCUGCAGCAGCGCUGCUCGUUUCGUACAGGUCAGCAACUGCGCUGCAAAACCGCUGCCGAGAGCUUCAAAGAGCCUUGAAAGGCUGCACAGCAUUUUUGCAUCCUGCUGCAACUUUAAUAAAGCUGCUGUUUGGCUUCUAAAAGGCUGCUGAACAGCUGUAAUUUAGCUGUACAGCUGUUUUGAAGCAAUUUUGUGGUGCUGUACAGCGCUGCAAGUUUUGUACGGGCAUCCACUCUACUUCCACUUCAUGAUCACUACAAAUCUUAGCCUCACAUUUGCUAGUACCCUAGAGUACUAAACCCACAACCAUAAAAUGUGUGGAAGUGAGUAAUGCGACCUUCUCUAGGAAAACAUAUACUAACACUUUUUCGUUAAACGGGCAAAAGCUAACAGUUUGACUUAACACUUUAAAAAUCCGUGUAUCAUAUUUCCUCAAAUGAUAACUGUCCCUCGAUUAAUCGCCUCCCUCAAAUAAUUUACCACCCCCUUAGUUGGAAAUGUUAAAAAUAAUAUUACUGCUUCCUUCUAAUAAUCACUCACUGGCACCCCUCUCGCCAUCUUCUCUUUCUUUUAUCCCCUCCAUUUCAAGUUGCAGUGGAGUUUGAUCCAGCAAAACCGACCAGUAACAAUUCCAACUCUGACACUGAGGAUAUUGACACUGAAAAUUAAUCAAGGAACUAAAUUUGGAACACUUAAAAAGCCCAUAUGUUGAGUUUAUUCAAUGUGAUCUUUUUUUAAUUUAAUGGGAUAAUAAAACAAAAUAUUUAGGGCAUGACUCCCAGUGAGCCAUAUUUCAUAUUUGAAAUACAUAAUGCUCUUUUUGAACUUCAUGAUACGCUUUUAAUUUCCAAUCUAAUUUUGCAAAAGACAUUGAGUAGCAUCAACUCAUUGCCAUUUUCAGCUGACAGUUGAACCCUUGUCUUCUUUGACGUUUUUCACCUUAAACUAUUCGAGUUUCACACAGCAAAAGGGAACUAAAAAUAAAACAACAAGAACUUGAAAUAGCGACAGUCAUUUACUUGUAGUUCGUAGUUAGUUGGGAGAGAACGGAUGUCCAAACUUCUGGGGUUUGUUUACCGCAAAGGUCAUCAAAAGUCACACGAAACUACACAUGAAAUCUGAUGCUCAAAAGGUGAAUAGUGUAAGGUAAAUGAAUAUAAUAAUGUAAAGUGGGGAGCAGGUCAAAAAGUUUUAAAAAGCAGUGUGGAUAGAUUAAAGUCUAGUGGAGUAGAGUACAGUAGAUUGAAGCUUUAGUGGCGUCUAUAAGAGGUGGGUUGACCUGAGUGGUUACAGGCGAAAUAAUAAAUCGCUAGCAGUACAGAGUUGAUUAACACAGAAGAAUUCAGUAAGAGUUGGGUUUAGUAAAAUAUUGUUGCAGCAGUUACUUAACUGAAAGUAGUUUACAGAAGAGAACAGUUGACUUGGGUAGGUGGAGUUUAGUCAAGUGUAGUAGUGGUUAGUAAGGUACAUGUAGUAGUUUUUUGUAUUUGAUAUGCCGGGUGCCAUUAUAUAACGCACAAAAUCUCAAAAUAGUAUUUAGUGCUGUAUUUGGUAACUGAAAAUUAUGGCAUGCAAACUUUUCUGUCAAAAAGUGUGUGGGCCGGGGUGUUCUGUUGUUGAUGCACUUCUUCUUCCACACUUUCUAAUGUUUUACUAGUAAACAGUGAAACUCCUGAAUCUCCCGCUGUUGUCUCUUACUAAACAUGUUAGCUUUAUUCAGGUUUCUCGGCAGCACUAAUGCCACUUGGUGAGCUUUAAUUGUUCAGAUUUUUGCCUAUGCUUCUGAAUAGCCUACAGGUUGCCUCCUGCUAGUUAAGGUCUUUAAUCCUGUUAUAUUCUAUGACUGAUAUAUUUGUUUCUAAUUAUUCAAGUAGGGUUCCUGCAAACUAGCUAUAAAGCUAAUCACACUUCCAGCAUAAACCAACAAAGUCAACAACACAAACCUAUUUAGUAAACUUUAUUAAUGCAUGUCUCUAGGGGGCCAGUCAGAAUCAUUUAAUGACUGUAGGUACAUUAUUCAUCUUGCCUUGACAGGUCUUCCAAGUUUUCUAAUUUUGGUUUCUAGACUCCCUUGACACUCUUGCAUAGUGUUAGAACCCAGCCAACCAACCAAAAAAUUGAAAUUGGUGGCUACAAAAAAACUUGUAGUUGUACCUUUACCUGAUGUUUUUUGUUUAUGUUGAUAGGUACUCUAACCAUAACAUCAAGCAGAACAACUAAGAAUUCAUGAAAGAGUUCACACUGGUGAAAAGCCUUUUGAAUGUAAACAUUGUGGCAAGUGUUUUAGCCAAGCAGGAAACUUGAGGAAACAUGAAAUCCUUCACACUGGAGUGAAACCCCAUGAAUGUAAACAGUGUGGCAAAAGGUUUAGUCAAACAGUACACCUAAGGAACCAUGAAAGGGUUCACACUGGAGAAAAGCCUUAUCAUUGUAAAAAGUGUGGCAAGUGUUUUAGGGUAUCUACCAACCUAAGAAAUCAUGAAAGAGUUCACUCUGAAGAAAAGGCCUUUAAGUGCAAGCAGUGUGACAAAUGUUUUAGGGUGGCAAGGACAUUAAGGGUACAUGAACGAAUCCAUACUGGAGAAAAGCCUUAUGAAUGUAAACAGUGUGGCAGGUGUUUUAGCCAAAAAGGAAACUUGAUGAAACAUGAAAGUAUUCACACUGGAGAAAAGCCCUUUGAAUGUAAACAGUGCGGCAAGUGUUUUAGGCAAGCAAGGUAUCUAGUGAUUCAUGAAAAUCUUCACAGAUGGGAACAUUCCUAUGAAUGUAAACUGUGUGGCAAGUCUUUUGCUAUAGCAGAAAGCCUACAAAUGCAUAAAAAAGGUCACAGUGGAGUAAAACCUUAUCAGUGUAAACGGUGUGGCAAGUGCUUUAUGAACGCAGGGAGGCUAAGAGUACAUGAAAGAGUUCAUACUGGAGAAAAGCCUUUCGAAUGUAAAUGGUGUGGAAAGUGUUUUAGGUCAGCAGACAGCCUAAGAAUCCAUGAAAGAGUUCACACUGGAGAUAAACCUUAUGAAUGUAAAAAGUGUGGCAAGUGUUUCAGCUUAUCAGGAAACCUGAGAAUUCAUGAAAGAGUUCACACUGGAGAAAAGCCUUAUGAAUGUAAAAAGUGUGGCAAGUGUUUUAGUACAGCUGGAGUCCUAAGAAACCAUGAAAGAGUUCACACCGGAGAAAAGCCUUAUGAAUGUAAACAGUGUGGAAAGUGUUUUAGCAGAGCAGAAAUCCUUAAAAAACACAGAAGACUCCACACUAAAAGUCACACUAACGAAAGACCAUCCGAACGUUUGCAUUGCGAGAGUAAGAAAAGUGACAUUCAAGAGAGAGGGACUGGAAGCAGUAGGGUAGGCGCCCUACCAUCAUCCAGUAUUGAGAAACACAGCUGUUGGAUUUGUCAAGAGGAAAUGAAUAGUGAACCGCUUCUUCUUCGACAUUAUGAAAAUCAUAUGAGGCAUGUAGGCGAAGAUAGCCUUUAA